GACAUGUAGUGUUUUGUCUACCGUAUAAAAUAGCAUGAACUCUGCUGUUCUUCCUCUUUACUAAGCGAGCCUGAGCGAGACAGGCGCUAUAAGCCACCAUGCCCGUUGCCAGAAGUUGGGUUUGUCGUAAGACAUAUGUCACCCCACGGCGUCCCUUCGAGAAGUCCCGCCUCGACCAGGAGUUAAAACUCAUUGGCGAGUAUGGUCUGAGGAACAAGCGUGAGGUGUGGAGGGUCAAGUUUACCCUGGCUAAGAUCCGUAAAGCUGCCAGAGAGCUGCUCACUCUGGACGAGAAGGACCCCAAACGUCUGUUUGAAGGUAAUGCUUUGCUCAGGCGUCUGGUGAGGAUCGGUGUGCUGGAUGAGGGUAAGAUGAAGCUCGAUUACAUCCUGGGUCUGAAGGUUGAGGAUUUCUUGGAGAGGAGGCUGCAGACUCAAGUCUUCAAACUCGGACUUGCCAAGAGUAUCCACCACGCUCGUGUCCUGAUCCGCCAGAGGCACAUUCGAGGACCACCAACCUGUAGCACUCUGCGUUGAGAUCUCUUAAACAUUUCAACAAGGUCACUUCGGUAUCAAAGCCGUAUACCUUGUCAGUAGACAUUGCCCAGAGCCAAUCCUGCCGUCUGUUGGCUCAGACUGUGCCACGGUGACGUGGUGGCUGUCAGGUAAGGUAGGGGGGAUUGCACCUCGGGCAAUUGUGGUACUCACUGCACCUUAUGUUGUGAGCAACCAAACACUCGGGCUGAUGAUUUAAGAUUUACAAGCAGAUUUUCUGUGGUGUCAAGAAUUCCUCGUCAAUGAAGCCUGGUUUAUAUUUACAGAGGUAUAAAUCGUUAGUGAAAUUGUUAGUGUUUGUGAAAUAUUCGUGCCAAAAGUGCUUCAGUUCAUUACAUAAGUGGUUAAAUAUGUGUGCUUUAAACAAAUGUGUAAUUGAAUUUCUUUUAAAUAGCUGAAUAUGUUUUUGUAAUGAACUAAAACAUUGAUAAACUGUUUGUUGAAUAGACAUCAAUUAGAUUAAAUCUAUGGUAUUUAACAAAUUGACAAUACUUGUUUAUGUAGGUUAGAGGUAAAAAAAUGAAUGGACUAGUAAAAUAUGAAUAGAAAAUGAGAUAAAAUGAAAAUAAAUUGGUAAAAUAUGGAUAAUGGGAGCUAAUAUCACUUAAUUUUAAUUAACUUCAGAUAAAAGUUAAACAGAAUAGGAAUCUUUAAAAAUACUGAACAAAUUUGAGAUUGUGGCACUUAAAAAACCUGAUGGUGAUAGUAAUUAAAGACUGGAAAUCAGAGCAUGUGAAAGUUUAUCAUUUUAUCCAAGUUCUCUGACCUCCAUUUUAUUUCUG